AUGUCAAAGGGUGGUUUUGAGCUCAAUAAAUGGUUUUCUAAUGACAUCAGACUUUUAGAGGGACUCCGGUCUACAGGUGGUCAGGAAAAUGUUCGUCUAACCGAGAGUUCUACGAUUCGCAUACUUGGAACGCAAUGGAAUCCACAUGAGGAUUCAUUUUGUUAUACAGUUAAUGUGGGAGACAUGCAUUCAAAUGUUACAAAAAGAAACAUGUUGGCUGAAGCGUCAUGCCUAUUCGAUCCGUUAGGUUUUAUCGGACCAGUCAUCCUCAUAUCAAAGCUAAUGAUACAGGAAUUGUGGAGAUUGCAAUUAGACUGGGACGCUUCGGUUCCGGUAAACAUACAUUCACGUUGGUUAGAUUACAAGACACAAAUAUCUAAACUAGUUGAGCUACGUAUUCCACGAAUGAUUGGCCCAACUAUGGAAACACUAGAAGUUCAAUUUCACGGAUUUGCUGAUGCCAGUCAGCAUGCAUACGGAGCGUGCUGUUAUUUAAGGAUACGUAACUCGCACAAUGAUUGUCAUACACAUUUAUUGGCAUCCAAAUCGCGAGUUGCACCAGCAAAGGCAAUAUCACUACCGCGUUUAGAGUUGUGUGCAGCCUUGCUGUUAGCUCAGUUGCAAGUAAGUUUACUUAAGGCAAUUGAAUUUCAACCACAUCAAAUAUAUCUGUGGACUGAUUCCACCAUUACCUUGUCAUGGAUCAAAUCAAGCUCUUACAAGUUUGCAACAUUUGUAUCUAACCGUAUUGGAGAAAUUCAGAGACUAACCAAAAUCAAAGAUUGGCAUCAUAUUUCCACUAAACAUAAUCCUGCAGACAUCAUUUCUCGUGGGGCAAGCUCUUUGGAUUUAAUGCAAUCGAAAUUAUGGUGGAAUGGUCCAGAAUGGUUAUCGUCGGACGAAAAGGAUUGGCCUGAUAAUCAUCCACAAUACCCGGAGACGUUACCAGAUCAA